AUGGAGAAAGAGAACUGUAAUCCCAGAAUUGAAGAAAUGACCAAUAUAAUUAAUGAACUGCAAAAAGCCCACAAAAUUGCAAACGAGGAGCUUCGGGAAAGCCAGGCGGAAAGGGAAGUAUUGAAGAAAGAACUGGAUGAAUUAAACAUGGAAAAGACUCAUCUGGAGGAAAUCUUAAGUAUGAAGCAGGAAACCCUGCACAUCCUUCAACAGCACUAUGGAGAAGAGGAGAGCAGAGUCCUGAGACAACAGGCUAUGUCUCAGGACUGCAUCUGCAGGAUGACAGAUCUGAAUUCUAAGAUUCAGGAAGAGAAACUAAGAAGGAGGAAGCAGAGAGUGGAGUUUGAACAGCAGCUAGAGGAGCUGAUGGAAAAGCAUAAGGCUCUAUGGGAAUUACAUACACCAGAGAGGCUGUCUCAAGAAAUCAACAAUAUGGCUGGUAGCAAGGAUCAGCUCCUGGAGGAGGGAAGGCUAAUUCAGGAGAAUCUGGAUGCCAUUGAAAAACAACUGGCUGGGCUGCCUUACGCCAAGGCCAGGGCUGCAUCUUUGACUGGUGACGACAGUGAAAUAGCCUUCCUCUGCAGUGAGGAAGCUGCGGCUGCUAUGCAUCUGUUUGAGGAGGAAAACAAGAAGGCCACGCAGUUCCUGGAGGCAGCCUCUGAGCACUACCAGGAGCUGCAGCAGAAGUACCAUAGGCUGAAGAUGGAGUUGGAAGCUGGUGGCCAAGGUGAUAUCAGAGGGCCCAAGAGGAGCAUCAUAGAGGCAGCUGCUGAAGGGGGCAGUGGUGUGGUUGCUGAGGGGGCCCUGGGAGAGCUAAAGACCCCAAAGAAGCCAGGAUUAGGGGACUUUUCUUUCCAGGCUACUUAGGAAAUCUCUGAGGAUCAGGAAAGAGAAAGGAAGGGGGAUAGUGAUGGACAGGGAUGUUACUAGAAGUUUGUUCCAAGGGGAUCCUUAUCAGUUUUUUGGUCUGUAGCCUGUUGUGAAGCCCCUAAGGGCCUGGGAGGAGGAGCAGAAUCCCACUGGGCAAGCCUCAGACUUGUCCUAGAGCCUCAUGGGGAGCACACCCACUUGCCCCAGAAGGGAAUUGCAGCCU